AUCCAAUCCAACUUCAACUCUUUGAACACUCUUAAUCACUAACGAUCAACAUCGAUUCAACCAAUCACAAAGAUAUUCUCGUUAGCAAGACACGAGAAAGUCUGCUUCUUACUCAACAACAUCUUGAAGUGAUUCACAAUCACCCCUUCUGACCUCUAUCGCGACCUUUAACUUGAAUCACUCGCCAUUGCUCAGCACUUCUCUGAGCAUCCGCCGAGCAAGACCUGCUUCAUGACAAGCUUCUCUGCUUACGCUUCACGUUUCCUUUCGACCGGUGCAAGUACUGCAGCUAUCUCACAUCACGGAUCUUCCCCUUCUUCAAGACAAUCAACUUAUCAACCUUUCACAUCAUCCGAAUACGCACAAGAUGAAAGUGAAGAGGAUGAGGUAGGAUACAAUGACAACCUGUCAAGCAGAAGCCCAAAAGGCAAGCGCAGCACAGUAAACAGACAUCUUCCACAUCUGAACGAUUUAUCAAAAUCUAACUCCGGCAAAAUAUCCAGCUCAUCGCGCUUUCUGCCUACUUUCGGUGGAAAUAAUGCAAUCGGAAAGACGACAAAGAUACGCGAUAUGGAUGAUGGAAUCGAUGAGGAUGAAGAGGACGAAGAGCCAUCUUUCUAUCAAGAUCAUCGAAGCAGAAUUUCCAUACCCAGAGCUAGCGAAUCAGCCAUCUCUGAUGAGCAAAGAACUCCAGGUGCAAGUAUCCUCAGAACAGAUCAACAUGAAAACGAUCCUUUCAGAGUUGAAGAGGAUAUAGAAAAGCCCUCUACCACGAAACACAAAUCAAAGAAUCACGCUAUUCAUUCCAGAGGUCUAAGCAAUGAAGACAGAGCUCGUGGCUGGCUAGCACAUGGUGCAGAUUCUUCCAGUGCCGCAUCAGAUGCAUCCGUUCUCCCAAAGACAAGGAGACAGACACGAGAUGACAUUUAUCGUGAUCCUGAUGAGAUUUCAGCAGCUGAAGAUGACGAGGAAUCGGAUGUUGCUCGUCAAGGCAGACGUGCAUCUCGGCGCGGCAAAAGGGGCUCAGGAAAAAAGGGAUCUCACUUCAAAGAUGAUUCUGAUACAUCACAGAUCUCCAGUAGCGAUGAAAGCCAAGCAAGAUCACAAGAUACAUCUCGUGGAAAUUGGAGGGCAAAUCGACAAGCUCGGAAUGCUAGCUCAUCACUUAGAGAGCCACUUUUAUCUGCUGCAGGGUCUGAAGUGAGAGAGCAACCACCAGGUGCAUUCAACGGAACAACGAGCAGGAUGGUUUCUGCCGAUAUCUACGCAUAUCCACAUCCUCCUGCAAAGACUGGCUGGACACCUUGGGCACCGGGAAAUCGUGUACCGCUCUCCCAAUACAAGGAUAAAAUGGCACUUUUAUCCUGGCUAGGUGUUUGUGCAGCAACAUUGUUCAUUGCUGGUUGGAUGGCAAUUGGCGCAAAAAGCAUCGCACCACCCUCAUCACCAUCGACGAAGCCCUCGCCUUAUUAUACGUUGACAAGAUCGAUUCCCGUCUUAUUUCUUCUUACCUUUCUUUCUCUUGUAGCAGCAGCCGCUAAUUUGCUGGUUUUACGAAACAUAUCUCGAGUUGGCGGUGCUCGUAUUUUGAGAUAUGGUUUGAUCGGUAUACCUCUUACACUUUCGCUAGGAUGGGCUUGGACUUUUGCUGGAAGCUCUGUUUACGAUGAUGAAAGGUGGACCGGUGGCAGCUGGAGCACGACAGGAUUGCGAGUACUCUCAAUCAUUCCACUAGCCCUGGCAAUAUAUUUUGCUAGGAAUGUUUGGAAAAAGCGCGAUUCCAUCAGUCGCAGUCUGUCCGUUUUGGAGAUUUCUGCGUCUGUUGUGGCCAAACAUCCGGUCUUGCUUUUGUUAUCAAUCUCAACCUUGGUCUUCUUUAUCGCAGUCUCCGCGCCUUUUCUUACAAUCUUUACCAGGCUAUUUUUACGUGGUCAUUAUGGCGAAAAGGGUUUGCCAUCCAAUGUCUGGAAAACGGAUUCGAAUGCGAGAUUUAUGGCGUGGAUUACCUUAGGCACAUGGAUCUGGACAUGGCUCGUUUUGAGAGGUAUACAACGAGUGACAGUGGCCGGAGUUGUUUCGCAUUGGUACUUCCAUCGAGAUGAAGACGAUCAAGCUCAACAUGCUGAAGAUGGCAAAUUGUUCGAUGCUCAAGAAGACGAAGAAGAUGACAGUCUACCGGGACCAGCGCCAGGCGAAUGGUUAGGCGAAGAACAAGUGAGCAUGCAAGCGCCUUCACAUAUUGAUAUCGUACGUGCUUCAUUCAUUCGUGCAACUGGACCUGCUCUCGGAACGAUUUGUAUGUCUGCAUUCAUGCUUAGUAUCGCAAGGGUGGGAACAUGGAUGGCUGCAAGUGCACGUUGGGCUCAUCGAAAGCUUUCCGCUUCUUCUCGUGUUCCUGCUUUCAUGCAACCAUUGACGUACGUGGUAGCCAUGCUGGCAGGUGUAAGCGCACUUCUUCAAGGCCUAAGCGACUAUGCUUUGAUCUAUGUUGGAGUAACAGGAGAUGGUUUUGCUGCUGCAGCUCGUAGAUCAGCUCGAUUGACAGGUCGUCAAGGUGUCAAAUCGGUCAUGGAAGGAUUGGUGAUCAAUAUGUUACUGGAUUUGACUACAUUGGCACUUUGUUUCCUUUGUGGAUUGGCAGGUUUCUUGAUUUCUGCUCAUUCAUUACACGUUCCCGCUGAUGCACCUUUGGUUGGUCUGCUUUGUGCUUUAAUGCCUUAUGCUACCUUACGUCUUUGUGCUGAUGUUUUGUCCAAUGCAGCCGAUACCCUCUACCUUUGCUUUUCUAUCGAUGAGGCUAGUGGAGAACAACAUUGCAAACAAGCAAGUGAUGCUUUCUUUUCCAAUAAUGAAAGCUUACCUUUCUGAUUCUCAUAUACCCUUUCUUUUUGUACUCUUUUCAUGUAUAUCUUUGGUCACAUUCAGAUGGACUGUUAGUAAUCGACAAGAACACGCAAUGCUGAAUACACCUCUUAUUCGUACAAGUUUCAAUAUUGCUUCAUGUAUGCUCUAAAUUACAAAUGCCAUAUGGUACUCUUUCCUC